UUAUAGAAGCAGGAUCCUCGCAUCAGCCCCGAGAGCAAAGAGCACAUCAAGGGAACAAGAAGUGGCUUCCUCUGCAUCACAUUUGUCUUGAAGAUCAGUCAGAAAGAGAAACUGCAUCAUCUGUGACAGGCAGACAGUGGGACGCACAAUGCCAGUGAAAUGCUGUUUCUACAGGUCUCCAACUACGGAAACACUGGCAUGGUCUGAAAAUAUGGACUCACUCUUAGCUAACCAAGCUGGAUUGGAUGCUUUCCGAACAUUUCUAAAAUCAGAAUAUAGUGAAGAAAAUGUUGAGUUCUGGCUUGCCUGUGAAGACUUCAAGAAAACAGAAUGUAGAGAAAAGAUUGCUACCAAAGCUAAGACGAUUUACUCCGAAUUCAUCGUAGCUGAUGCACCAAAAGAGAUUAACAUUGACUUCAGUACCAGAGACCUCAUCUCAAGGAAUAUUGCUGAACCAACUCCAAAAUGCUUUGAUGAGGCUCAGAAAUUAAUCUAUAGUCUGAUGGCCAAGGAUUCAUUCCCUCGUUUUCUAAAGUCAGAAAUUUAUAAGAAAUUGGUAAAUAGCCAACAGGUUGGAAAUCAUAAAAGAUGGCUGCCUUUCCUGUAAAGAAGAUUUAUUUCUUUUCAUUGCCAUUCUCUGAGACUGAAUUUUUUUUUAAAUGAAAGGAAAACCACGGUGACUUAUUUUGCUUCUAUAAACGAUUCAUUUGAUAGACAAGAAUCUUGCUGCCUCCUCCUUGGGAAAAAUCAACACUCAAACACAUGCAAAUGGAUGGACUAUUCCCUGUGCACUUGCAAAUUCUACCAGACAGACCUGGCAUAAUACAAAUGAACUAUGUUUGCGGGGAGUGGGGUGGCCACUAAUUGCAAAAUAUCUAUACUAUAUCAGCAUUUAUUCUAGAGGUUCUAGCUUUGGUAUCUUUUAAAGGGGGGAUAUUUUAUUUUUUACAGGAAAUGUAAGGACAAGAGGCAUCCAGAAUCAUUAAAUCAUACUCUUACUUCCAAAUAGAGGGAAAAAAAUGUUAAAGCUCGGUUUUUUUCUUGAGAUCACACAUCUGGUGAGUGACAAAGUUAUAACUGCAGCGGAUGUCACCACGUUGUCACACUGAUGCUUGAUCCAAGAAAACAGUGUGGUCCCUUCCCACUUGAGUUGCAUGGAAAUGUGGAAUCUAUGCUCCAACAAACCUCCCACACUCUGGCAAGGUGCCACAAAUGUUCGAAUUAUCUCUACAGUCAGUUUACAAAUUAUUAUCACAUAGCAAAACUUGCAUCAUUGGCUCUCAGGAAGUGAAGGGGACUCAGAUCCCACAUUCACUACUUUGAGGCUGUAGGAGAUUGAGAUACUGCACAGAAAUAUCCUGACAUCAGCAUGAUAUGUUUAAAAGUGGACAUUAAAUGGCCUCUUAGGGAAUACCAACCUAAGAUUUGCCACAGUAGAACCCUCUUUCUCCUGCCUCUACUCACUUUCUACCGAUAAUUCUAGGGUUUCCAAUUUAGUAACCAGAAAACAAAUCAAUGACAGGAUUUUGAAAUUGAGGAUUCUAGAAAAAUACCAUGAGUACCUCCUACAUGCAAUAUUCUAUAUUCUAAUCAUGACUCUUUCACACUACAUGUUAUUUUAAUCCAUUGUUAUCAUGCACAACUCAAUAAAUAUAAAUGCAAGCACAAAAGAUUAAAGAAAAAUGUGAAAAUUAUGUAAACAUCUUGAUUAUGAAAUUAAAUAUUCAAUCAUACUGUACUAUUCUUUUAAAACAUCUUCACUUCCUUAAAGAAAUGAGGUUAUCAAAACUUAAAACUAUGCAGUAACUGGCUAGUAAAAUCACAAAAUAAUUGACCAAAAAUGACUUAUAUAUUAUAAGAAAAGGAUUCUUUGCGUUGUUUUAGUUUUCAAGUUUGUUCUGUUCUCUUUUGAGAUAAGGUCUCUGGGUCUCCCAAUCUGACCUUGAACUCACAAUCUUUCCACUUCAGUCUCUGACUCCAGGGAUUGUAGGCAUUGAGCCAUCUCACCCACGUGUUUGCCUUUUCUAUUUUCUAACACCCAUCACUAAGACAGACGGAUGAAAAUUAGAUGUCUAUUUUCCAAAAGUGUCUUAGACUUUAACAAUUUUAUGUGUUGCAACAAUCAUAAAUUUAGUUUAUCUUCUUUGAAUCAUUUGUGUAUAAAAUAUUAAUACUUUGAUCAACACAGAUUUUUCUACUUACACAAAUGUACUUUCUUAUAUUUGCCUAGGAAAUAUCCAUUUCAAUUUCAAUAUAUAAUCAACAGAUAUUUUUGAUAAUAACUAUUAAAUUCUAAAACCUUUUAGAUGUUAAAAAUGUGAAGUAGUCUCCAGCUUUAUCUUUCAAAACUUGUUUUUAUAUUCUGCCUACCUACUUUUUUUCAUUUUCAUUUAACCAGUGUGGUCUAGCAACUCUGUGUUCUCUAGUACUCUUGAUAAGAGUACCUGUUGCUUAAUAAAAAGCAAAGGAAUGUUCUUUUUGUUUCCUUUCUAAUAUCCCUUUCAAAAAGAUUAGCAGCAUUCUGGAUUUUUAAAGGAUAACAACAUUCAGGCUCACCACAUUGAAAAUAGUCUAGAGGGGUUUUGUUGUUGUUGUUGUUGUUGUUGUUGUUGUUGUUGUUGUUAUUUUGUUGUUGUUAUUCUAAAAUUUUAGGAAGUAUUCAUGUCUAUGAUACUGAAAUUAAAGUUUAGAAUAAAUUUAUUCUUAAUGGAAAAUUCCAUG